AGUACUCCAGGUGAGGCCUCAUCAGUGCUGAAUAGAGUAGAAGAAUCAUUUCCUUUGACUUGCAAGAGUCCUUCCUGUUAAUAAAACUUGGUAUUAUGUUGGGUUUUUUGUAACAAGACCAGGAUCUCUGGACUCCCUCUCCCUCCACUGGCUUCAGCAUUUUGCCCCCACCCCGGUGUAGCCACAGUAUUGCAGAAAGCACCUGCACGGUGCAUGGCAGAUGAGUGUCUGUGCAGUGUUGUGCUGCACUGUGCAGCAGGGAGUGGAAGAGUGGAAUUAAGUACUUAUGUGAUUCUGGGCCUAGAGUUUGGGCCAUGUAUGGGGAAACAUAUAGUAGGAUCAUCCUUCAUGUGACAGUCCAGAACAGUGGUUCUCAACCUCAUUGGACUCAAAGCACCUCUCAGGAAAAUGCUAUCUUUCAGUCUUCACUUUAUUUUUUGACUACAGAAAAAUAAUAGAGUAAUUCUUUUGUUGCAAAGAACUCGGACCACAGAAGACUACUUAUUGCCAUGGCUGCAGUUGACAGUUUUUCCCUCUUGUACAAGGAGAUUGGCCGUACUUGCAGUUGUUACACGGAGGUACUGGCUAUAAUUGGAGCCUGUUAUACAGCUAAAAAAUGUAUCGUUUUUGCAUGGGAUUGUUACAGCCUGAUCAGGUUGCAUUUCAUCCCUAAACUGGUCGGAAAGGCUGAUCUGAUUAAGCAGUAUGGAAGAUGGGCUGUGGUCACUGGGGCCACAGCUGGAAUUGGAAAAGCCUAUGCUGAGCAACUGGCAAACCAUGGUGUGAAUGUUAUCUUAAUCAGCCGGAACAAAGAGAAGCUUCAGGCAGUAGCUAAGGACAUAGCUGAAACCUAUAAAGUGAAAACUGAUUUUAUAGUAGCUGACUUCAGCAAAGGUCGUGAGAUUUACUCGGCCAUUAAGGAAGAUCUGAGAGACAAGGAAAUUGGGAUCUUGGUAAAUAAUGUAGGAGUGUGUUAUAACUAUCCAGACUAUUUUAUCAGAGUGCCUGAGGAUAAACUGUGGGAAAUGAUCAAUAUCAAUAUUGGUGCUGUUAACAUGAUGACACACAUGGUUCUUCCAGGGAUGGUAGAAAGGAAGAAAGGUGCUAUUGUAAAUAUUUCCUCUGCAUCCUGCUGCCAACCCAUUCCACAGAUAACAGCAUAUGCAGCCUCCAAGGCCUAUGUGGACUAUUUCAGUAGAGCUCUAUAUUAUGAAUAUGCUCCGAAAGGAAUCUUUGUUCAGAGUUUAAUUCCAAUGGUCAUCUCCACAAACAUGACACAGUUCAGUCAGUUGCUGUCCAGUAAGAGUUUUAUAAUACCUACUGCUGAAGUAUAUGCACGUCAUGCUAUUUCCACUCUUGGGAUAUCCAGAAGAACAACAGGAUACUGGGGCCAUUUUGUUCAGGGCUGCUUACUGAGCUUACCAGAGUGGUUGUAUGCCUGGCUUUCCAACAAUAUAAGCUGGUUUCUCCGUCAGGAUGCCUUAUCCCACCGAUUGGAUUAGAAAUCUCAUCUGUAAAUAGCCAGUGUGCUAACCUACUGCAGUAAUCUUGGAAGAACACUUAAAAAUGUGACUAGCAUUUAUUCAUCACUUCUGAACGAGUAUGCAUAUCCUAGACAGCAGAGAAACCUGGAUCUUGGUGAUGUCCCUGUACUGCUUGGCCCAUGUAAAAAAAUUUUUUUUGAAAGGUGAAGGGGUAGUGUAACCCACAGAUGAGCUAUGGACUAUUUAUCGUAGUCUCAGAGACUGCUAGUACUUUGUGAACUGCAUUUGGGGAAUCUUUGGUGCAGGAUAGGGGUAAGAGCUGUGUUUCAUGGAAGUGAUAUUGAGAGAGGAUGCACAAUUUGAAAGGUAGCAAAAAUUAUGUAUAACUCCAUAUUCUUAAUAGAUUUGAUUCUUUUAAAUAAGGAAUAUGCAUACAGAGCCACCACUUCUCAUAAAUUAACAUAAAAUUAAAUACCAAAACAAUAAGUAAAUUUGAAUAUUAUAUUUAUAUUAAUUUUUACUAUGUAAAUGCAGCAUCAAAUAAAAGGUUCUUUAAUAAGCCAAGUUGGAGCAUGUUAAACAAGGAGUUACAGGUAAGAGGGGAAAUGAGGUUUAUAAUGGAUCAGGAUUUCCUGUCUGGAGACAGAAUGUGGUUUUGGUUGGAUUUGGUUAUUUCAAGCGGCUGUUCUCCAAAUAAAUAAUUGCGUUAUAUUGGGAGAGCUGUGCGAAGAAUUUCUUCACGUCUUUCAUGUGGUAAUAUCCUGCGUGCACUAAUCUAAUCUAAGUCUGCACAAGCACAAAAAUAGGUCCGAUCUUUACAAAUGAAAAGGUACAAUUGUCUACAGUGUAGCUUUGUAAAGUUAUAUGGAA